AUGCAGCUUAAAUGAUUAAACGUUUGAUAAGCAAUAUUCAUUUGCUUACUUAACGUUUUAUUAAGCUUCGUCAUAACCUUGACAUGUAUUAUCAUUUAUAGAAGUAGAAUUUAUAAAAAAAUUAUAAAUACUUUUGUAUUGGAAGUAAGAAAGAGAUAAAGAAAUGGCUGCAAUCAUGAAGAUAUCGAAAUUUAAUAUUGUACCAGCUACAAAAAAACAUACUGCCACUUUAUUUUUCUUCCAUGGUUCUGGAGAUUGUGGACAACAUAUAAAGAACUUAAUUGAUAUGCUUAACAGGGAAGAAUUAAAGUUCCCUCAUAUAAAAAUUGUCUAUCCUACUGCACCUGCUCAACCUUAUACACCAAAUAAUGAAAUGAUAAGCAAUGUAUGGUUUAAUCGUAAAAGUGUAUCAAAUAAUGUUUCCGAGGAAGAACAUUCUAUCGAUUCAAUGUGUCAUAUGUUGGUGCAGUUGAUAGAUGCAGAACAAUCUAAUGGAGUCCCAUGUAAUAGAAUAAUUGUAGGUGGUUUUUCAAUGGGUGGAGCAUUAUCAUUAUAUUUAGCAUAUAGAUAUAAAUUAUCAUUAGGUGGUUGUGUUGCGAUGUCAUCAUUUCUUAAUAAAAAUUCAUUAAUAUAUAAGUAUUUAGAAAAUAAUAAAAUAGAAAAGACACCACCACUUCUGCAAUUUCAUGGUGAUUUGGAUACAAUAGUUCCAAUCGAAUGGGGAAAAGAAACUUGUAAUAAUCUUAAAAAGCUUGGUGUAAAUGCAACAUUUGUACCAUUAAAAAAUAUAGAUCAUGAAUUAAUUGUAACAGAAAUUCAAGAUUUUAAACAAUGGGUUAAUAAUGUUUUACCAGAAUAAUAAUUGUCAUAGAAAAUUAUUUAAAGAAAAUAUAUACUUUAUAUAUGUUU